AUGCCACCGUCGGGGUCACAUAUACACCCCAUUGAAAUUUCUAGUGGUUUCGCUUCUUACGCAGGAUCAUCUUAUCAAGGUCCAAACGAAUGGGACCAAUAUUGGAACCAAUUUACACUCGAAAAUACACCCUCUUACCAUUCUCCUAUAUUGCCUCCGCUGCCACCACAAGAGGACGUGCAGAUGGAACCGGUGGAACAACCGCAGCCACCUCCAGAACCACUAAGGAGAAAACGUGGAGCGCGCAUGUCCGUGCGUUUGGGACCGCGAUCGAGCUCGCUACCACCACUACCACCAACUUACCCUCCUAUCCCUGAGGACCCACAAAUGGGUGGACCCUCAAACACUGCGCCAAAGGUUGAUCCAACUCUUGUAACAUUUUCUCAACCACCACCGCCAUCGGGUUUUGAUAACCCAAUUCCUACAUAUCCAGACACGUCUAGAUAUAAUCCUUUUAACCCAUCUACGCCGGUAGAUUAUAACUACCAGGCGCCUUCGUACGACCCUUAUAUGCAAACGGUCGUACAUAAUGCUUUAUACCUGUCUCCCUUUCUGCCUGCCUACCCUGCUACUGGAUAUCCAAAUUAUGGAUACCAGUAUCCUGUUGUGCCUCAACCACAACCACAAUUAGAGGCCAUUAAUCAGGUCUUGGAAUGA